GUUACUAGACAAUUGCUUAAAUUGCUUUGACAACAAACGAUAAAGCACGGACUCGACACAAUAGUAGGCCUACUAGAAAGUCUUGAAGGAAUAUAUUUUUUAUUGAAGUUGUGCCUAGUUCAAAGGAACAUUUUGAAGGAUGUCAAGACGGAUACGGCGACGGCAAACGUCUUCAAUGAUCACACCGCUGACCGAUCGAAUGCACGGCCUAAAGCUGCCAACGAAGAACAGAAGGGCUUCAAUGUCUACAUACAUCCCUAGUAAAUCAAAGAUUAAGGAUGAUGAAGCCAGAAAUAUUGAAAAAGAAGGUUCUCUUGCAUGGAAGAUCCUGUCAAACACACAAACACUAGCCCUUCAACAAAUGUCUGUAGAAGAUGUUGAAAAAACAUUAGGAGAAAUCUUAGGAUUGAGCAAUACAGCAACAGAACUGCAAGGCACCAUCUUGCUUGACUGUUACACAGUUGGAUUUUGGUGGGCAAAAGAAGAAGGGUUUACAUCACAACAGCUGUCAGCAUUCAUAACACUACUCAAUAGAUUGAUUAACAAUAUAAAAGAUAAGAAAUAUUCAUUAUCUGAUAAUAUUUUGGAUCUGAAGACAAUGAUGACUGGUAUAGGUAAUGAUAGCACAGAGGAUUCAGGAGGGAUGGAUUUCCUUGAUGUUGAACAGGCUAUUAAAAUAACAGACUAUCUCAAAACCUCAUUAUUCCAACAUCAUCGUAUGUAUGAAUUCAUGUUCCAUAGUGAACGGAAAGAGGAAAUAAUUGGUACAGAGAUUUGUAUUGAAACAUUACCCCCAGCUAACGUCCCCUUCCCUGCUCCACUUGAUGAAGGGAUUCCUGAAGAGAUUUACAAACAAUGCAUUGCACCACCAGUUCCUUGUCAAGAAGAAGACAUUGAAGAGAUGACAGAUAAGCCUGAUGAGGAACAAGUAAACGAUCCUGAAAAACAAAUUGAAGAUGGAAUUAAAGUUGAAGUUGAGGUUAAUCCUUUGAAAGAUGUUACAGCAGCUGAUGUUAAAAAAAUGUUUGAUAUUGUUUCUACAGAAAUGUUUGAAAGUUUACAACUUGAUGUGAGCAGGAAACUGCGUGAGAGAGAAUCGGAAAUCAUCACAAGAAUAAACAAAAUCCACAGAGUCGCUGAAGCAUAACAGUUUGACCAAACAUGACACAAUCCUCAGUUACCCCAGUCACUACAACAUAAUUAUUGAGAUGGCUAUGUUACUGUUCCUUUGCCAACUCCAAAAGGAAGAUUGUAUUUUAUAUGCUGUAUAUAUUAUAGAAUUAAAUUCUGAAUUCUAAGAAGAAUAAAACACAAUCCAAAAUUUCUGAAGCAACACUUUUGUCGACAACCAAUAUUAUAAGCAUUGUUUACAAAAAUAGCCAAACUUAAUGUACUAAAAAGAGUUUAUUACCAUUUUUAGUGUGUUGAAAUGUAAUAUAUUUUUUAUAUUUUUUUAAUUGAACUUGGCAUUAAUUUGCAAUCACAUCAUAGUGAAGCCAUAUGUCUAAUUAACUUAUAGUAUGAUUCUAUUUCUUGAUUGACAUAUCACAGUAUGAAGUUAUACAGAUUGAUUGACAUGUGGCAGACACACCCAUGGAAUCGUUUGAUGUCCUAUAUCAUAUCCAAAUGUUUAGUCAUACAGUUUGUAUUGUACUAGAUAAUUACGAAAUCGAUGUUUAGGUGUUGCUAAGUGGUUAAGAUGCUUGCCCUCCAAUAAUUUAUAGAGUUGUCAAUGCUUGAAUUGAUUGACCCACAAUAAUGAGAGCCAUGGGGACACCUUAGAUCACCAUUGGUAGAUCCAGGAAUUCGAAAUCGAGAGAGCCCGGGGAGUGACUUCAAAGAUAGUGUCCACCUACUUCAGGAGGAGGAGGUUAAGAAAAAAAUAAUAAUAAAUAAAUAAAAAUAAAUAAACAAAUUUUAAAAAUUUAUUUUUUAAAAAUAUGAUUAUAGCACCCUCUAGAUUGCCGGAAAUGGCACUCUCAGAAUUAAAUUUGAAUAUAAUUUUCUUUUUUUCUCCACUUUUUUUUUUAUUUUGAAAAAUGUUGGGCUAGCUGCCCCUCCAUCCUUGAAUCUGCCACUGAUCACCAAUGGUGUCUAAGGACAUAUUCCAGUUGAGGUCCUCGAAACGAAAGUAUAUCAAAAUCCACCUAAUUCCAUUGGCAGAAUUGACCCACUAGACCUGAAAUGACCAGUGACGUUUUUGUAGGAAGUGGAGGGCUGCACCACUUCCUUUGCCCCACUAUUUCUUAGCCACUUUGCUUCUCUUAUUCACAAGUCGACAGUAACAACAAUCGAUGUGCAAUCUUCAUCACCAAAUUGACAUUAUUAAUUUAACUUUAAUACAUAAUUACAUAAAAACAUUGGUGUACAUUUUUAAGAGAAUAUGCUUUGUAUAGAACUUGUAUUUAUGAUAUGUUCAUAUCUUGAUUUUGUAAAUAAAGAAGGUUUUUAUAAUUUUAA